GUGACUACGCUUAUUAUUUUUACAUGCGCCAAAGUUACUUGUUGCAAAACAAGAGUUCCAAUUGUCUACAGAUCACAAAUCUACACUACAAUGAAUAUUCUGAAGACUCUGAAGAGGAAGCUGAGGAACAAGAUCUCCUUGAUGCAGGAGAAGAGACGGCGACGCAAUGGCAGCAGUCUCUACCCACGCAUUGUCCCCCAGCAUUUGAGCCAGAUAGAUGUGGGGGAGGAGCUCAUUCGUGCACCCUCCAUCACUUCCCUACAAGAGCCUCUAACUAGAGUGCCUUCUCUCACUUCUCUGCAAUCAACCUUCAGCGAUUUUAACUUUGCGGAACAAGAAUCACCAGAAGAGCUACCUCUAACAAGAUCCCCUUCUCUCACUUCCCUCAGCUCUGAUGACCAGCCAUCAAAAGAAGAAGUUCCACUAGUGGCAACAGAUGAAGGAUUCUGUGACUCAAGCCAACCAAAGCUGUGGCCUGUCGACACAACAAGUGAUGUCCAACUGGUGGAAUUGAGACUAACAGCAGAUUCCAAACUGAGUGGAACAGUAAUGGUGACCAAUCUAGCGUAUCACAAGAAUAUCUUCAUACGGUGGACAGACAACAACUGGGCCUCAUACCAAGACACAGUGGCGAGCUAUGAUGACAGUUCUGAGGGGUUCUCUCACGACUGGUUCACAUUCACCAUUGACUCUGACUCAGUUUGCAAGGACACUGCUGGUGGAGUGUGUUUUGAACUAGCUGUGGCCUACCAGGUCAAUGGAAUGGAGUACUGGGACAACAAUGAAGAGAAAAACUACACAAUAUUAUCUACUCAAUUGCAAAAGGAAAACUCUUCACAACCUGUUUCUGUUUCAAGUGGCUCGAGCUGUAGAACUGAUGCUGUAUAGAUCUAGUUAAAUAACUAAAAGCUAUUACUAUAAAGGUUGAGGGAUAGUGUGAUAUAUUCACACUAUCUGUGUACAAACAGUUCAUGUGAUAAUUAUAGUCAUUGAGUUAUGUUUUUAUGAUGUGAUAUAUUUGCAAAAUAAAAUUGUGCAAUUUCA